AACUACACUAUGUACCACAAAUAGUGGACACGACUCAUUAAUACAAACACAUAGUGAUGAGGAGUGGUCAGCCGAGAUUGUGGGCGACCCCGGGUUUGAGACAGUAGGACUACUCCGGCUCAGCCACGGCUGUUAUAUGGGGUUUUAAGGGCAGAAAGCUUCAUCUAGCGGCGUGUGUCAACCCCACCAGCUGCACUAAGGAGGUUCCAGUGUCCAAAGCGGUCGAGAGUGGUUUGGUUGGCCAGGCGCGAAACGUUGCUAAGACAGGGGGGUUAUUUCCGUCGCUCUCUCUCCACACCUUGCUAAAAAAAUAAUAACCCUGUUAAAAAAAUAAUAACCCAAAACAACUCCACUCCUCUGCACGUCUUCCCUUGGAUAUUUAUCAAAUAUUUACGAAUUAGGUUUAACCUCCCUUACUCCAUCCCUCCCUCACUCAACAACCACCACCACCACUACCACCACCCCCACCACUUCCUCCUCGACGUCUCCACCAGCAGCGCUUACAGGACCGCACUAUGGAGAUCACACCGCCUUCUACUAUGUGUCGACUAUCCAUCGCCAUCCUGAACCUUGGUGUUAGUGUGUUGAGAUACCCCAGUGGAGGAGAGUGGGCUAACUAACUAAUUAGCUAACUACCUAAGGAAUUAUUCAAGAGGGGGUGACCAGAAGCUCCUCUUAUUCCCGCUCCUAUUCUUCUUUCUCUUAUCAACCUCUUUGUGUGGUCGUCACCUCCAACACGUCCUCGUGACCUGACACUUGACACCCUUCCAACCCUCCAAGUCAUAACAGACGCAGUAAGAUGCCGGAACAGAGUAACGACUACAGGGUGGUCGUGUUCGGUGCUGGGGGAGUGGGCAAGUCCUCCCUGGUUCUACGGUUCGUCAAAGGCACCUUCAGGGAGUCCUACAUCCCCACCAUCGAGGACACCUACCGUCAGGUGAUCAGCUGCAACAAGAACAUAUGCACACUGCAGAUCACCGACACGACGGGGUCUCACCAGUUCCCAGCGAUGCAGCGGCUCUCCAUCAGUAAGGGUCACGCCUUCAUCCUGGUGUACUCAGUCACCAGUCGACAGAGCCUGGAGGAGCUGCGUCCGAUCUGGGAAGUGAUCCGUGAGAUCAAGGGCAACGAGGUGGAGUUCCCCAUUAUGUUGGUGGGCAAUAAGUGUGACGAGAGUGACGCCAGAGAGGUCCAGAGCGCCUUCGGUGAGUCCCAAGCCAAGGCGUGGAAGUGUAACUUCAUGGAGACCUCCGCCAAGACCAACCACAACGUGAAGGAGCUCUUCCAGGAGCUGCUCAACAUGGAGAAGAACAGAAAUAUGUCGCUGCAGCUCGACGGCAAGAAAAAUAAAUCACAAAAGGGCACUCGUAAAAUUAAGGAGAAGUGUCUCCUCAUGUGAGGAGGAGGAGUGUGUCGUGGGAGUGUGAAGUGUGAAGUACUACCGUGACUGUGAUGAAUGAUGUGGCCCGCCUGGGGUGGGUCAGAGACACUGAGUGACGUGCUGCCACUCACCCCAGCAGCCUGGACAGUUUACUUUCUACCGCCUCUGUUUCCUGCGUUAACAAAAAGCCCGUGGUCUGAUGAUCCGUGUCACAUAUAAUGGUCACAAUUCAGUCUAAUUCCUUAGACUUCAACGUUAUCAUAAUAAUCUCAGCACAAUUUCCAUGGCAAUAUCCUUGUAUAGUAACGUGGCCUAAACCUGGGCGGUGAUGUUCGUACCUGUUGUCUCCCUCGGCCGCGCCGCCACACUUCUGCCCAGCCAAACGUUCUGCUUGACAGGGACCAGUUUCCUCUGCACAUUUUGCCGGUAUCAUACUGUACAGAAAUGUUCCCCCUCCACCCUUCCCUCACAAGUCUUACCCCUUCACAUGUUGGGUCAUGACUCCUUUCUACCCUCCAGGGCAAGGACAAGACCCAACUGGUUCUGUGCUGUACUCCAAAGGCAACGAUUCUUAGCACAUGUGAAUUUUUGACUGUGUAAGCUAUAGUCCCUCACAGUUUCCCAAUAGUUAGAUGAUAAAAGAUGGGACACGUCUUCUUGAGGAGCACUGAAGCCAGACGACACAGCCUGGGCCCCAGUACAACACGGCACGGCGUCUCCAGCACUGUACCACGUCAACAGUCUGCAGGCAGUGAAAUCCACCUGUGUGCUUGAGGAACAUGUUUCAGCUACAAGUACCUCCUGAGGCACUUGUCUCAGCUGCAGGUACCUCCUAAAGAACAUGUCUCAGCUGCAGGUACCUCCUGAAGAACAUGUCUCAGCUGUAGGUACCUCCUGAGGAACAUGUCUCAGCAGCAGGUACCCCCAGGGGCGGCGGCUGGCCUUGGUGCUCCUCCACGCUGUAGUCAACAUAGUGGGGUUACUAGUUACCGUUGUCUACACCACACCUUACAUCCUCGGCAGUCAGAAAUGAAACGAAUUUUUUGCAGUUUUUUGUUAUGGUGCGUGACGUCACCAGACAGGGCAACGCAGGACGCCCACCCUGUCGAAGGGACGCCAGGCCAUUUAUAUAGUUGUCUCGUGUUUAACUUGUGUGAAGACAUUUUACAAUUUUCCAGUGUGAAGACUUUGUUGUUUUUAAUAUAUAUAUAUAUAUAUAUAUAUAUAUAUAUAUAUAUAUAUAUAUAUAUAUAUAUAUAUAUAUAUAUAUAUAUAUAUAUAUAUAUAUAUAUAUAUAUAUAUAUAUACAUAUAUAUAUUUAUAUAUAUAUAUAUAUUUAUAUAUAUAUAUAAUAGUGUGUAUAAUAUAAUAUGUAUCAUAAGAAACUAAUAUCCAGAAAGCAUUACUAUAGACGAGGAGUCACGUGAUCACAACCAAGAGAAGGAAGUGACGAGUAACAAGAAUCAAACACGAAGCUCUCCAUCUACCAGCGAAGAAAACCUUCUGUUGUAUAUAUAGACUAUUGUAAGACUCUCUCAAGAUACCACCCCACCUGCGGCGCCUACUUCAGGUCCCGCCCCUCCUCUCUCUAGGGGCAUGGGAGAAGGAAGGGAAAGGAAGAAGGAAGGAAAGCAUGAUGAACCCUGAUAAGGUCAUUACCUCCAUCCUCUCUCCUCCUCCUUCCCUCACCUCCUACAGCAUCCUAUACUAUUCACUAGUUUACAUCAGGUCCUUCAAUUCCGCCUUUUUUACCAUUUAACAAAUAAUUUCUUGUUUGUUUCAUCUGUAAUGUGAUUAUCUUUAUUAAUUUGUUAUAAGCGGGUGUUAUAUUAUUAGUUUUGUCAACACGCUGUGGCCACCGCAGCGGUCUGGUGUCUGGUUGUAUCUUUAUGUAGACGGGAGUGUAACAGCUGGUUCUGGCCUGAGGUAACAGCUGGUUCUGGCCUGAGGUAACAGCUGGUUGUGGCUCCUCUGAGUGUUAGGGCGAAAGGUCGUGCUGGUACUACUAUCCUCUACCAUCACUACCACCCACCAACUACCACCACACAUCAACUACCACUACCACCAACA